AUGGAUGCACACGCGCUUCUUUCCGCCCAGGGCUGGCGAGGAACUGGCCAUUCUCUACACAAGACGGACGAUUCAAUUGGCCUCGCAAAGCCUCUAUUACUGAAUCGCAAGACCAACACCAAGGGCCUUGGCAACACAAAACAUUUUACAAGCGAUAUGUGGUGGAUGAACGCCUUUGAUGAGCAAUUGAAAGGUCUCGAUACCUCCAAAAAGGGCCAAGUCGUCCAAACCGUCAAGACUGGCAAGCUCAACGCGCUGGAUCGCGGAAACGUGUCGAAAUACUCCGUCUAUGCUUCCUUUGUGCGAGGCGGGUUUCUUGAAGGAACAAUCAGUGUAGAAACGACAGACGACUCGACAAGCACCGAUUCUGAUAAGAGCGACGAUGAGAAAACAGCGACGAAAGCUGUAAAACCUAAGAAAGAAAGCAAAGAGGAGAAGAGAGUGAGAAAGGAAGCGAAAAGGAAGCGAAAAGAGGCACGAGCCCUGAGGAGAGCAGCGAAGGCUGAAAGAAGGCUGAAGAGAGCCGAGGCGAAGAAAGACACGUCUGAUUCUAGCAGUAGUGGAAAAGAAGAGAAACUCCUUAGACGUGCCGGGAAGGAGGAAAAGCGCAAG